AUGCAUCGGCCGUCCCUCGCGUGGCUGCUUGCGGCUCUCCUGCCGUUUGUCGCCUUCGCGCCAGCCGCGGUUGAGGCCUCCUCCGGCGUUCGGCUUUCGCAUGAACACGGCGCCCGGCACAACGGCGUGUUCCCCUUCAUAACCUGGCUGCGCGACAGCACGAUUGAGUUCAUCUUUGGCCGGCCUUCCAAGCCAACUCCUACUCACGCGGGACACGGUCCCUCCCAACAGUCCCGUUAUGCCCACGAAACCGUCUUGCGGUUCAAUGUCACGGCACCCGAGGAAGAGACGGCAUUGUCCGAGGCCGCUGAGCGCCUCUUCUUGGAUGUCUGGGCUCUCACGCACAACUUUGUCGAUAUCCGGCUACACAAAGACGACGUCUCCAACCUCCUCAGCCUCCUGCCGAACAGUUUGCAGAGAUCGUUCUCGACACUGAUCCCAGACCUUUCGUCUGCGGUAUGGGCGACGUAUCCGUCUGCAGUCCGUUCCAAACCUACACUUGACGAGUCGGGCAUGUCUACCAUUCUCCACGACGGUAUCGAGAAUAUCUUCUUCCAAGACUACCAGCCUUUGGCUGUCAUCAAUCGGUGGAUGAAAUUGUUGGAGUCCAUGUUCCCCAGUUUGAUUGAGACGAUUUCUAUCGGCCAGUCCUUCGAAGGGCGAGAAAUCUACGGCAUCCGCCUUGGCGAGACUCUUGGCGUUGAUCGUGGUAAGAAACAAGCAAGAAAGACAAUUCUCAUCACGGGUGGCUUCCACGCCCGCGAGUGGAUCUCGACCAGUACUGUCAACUACCUAACGUGGUCUCUGGUCUCUGCUUAUGGCAAGGAGAAGAUGAUCACGAAACUCCUGCAGCAUUUCGAUGUUGUCCUUGUCCCGGUCCUCAAUCCGGACGGCUAUGAAUACACAUGGCAGACCGACAGGCUCUGGAGGAAAUCAAGGCAGAAUACCACUAUGAGAUUCUGCCGCGGUUUCGACCUUGACCACGCCUUUGGGGUCGGCUGGAAUAACACCAGUGGUGAGCCCUGCUCCGAGAGCUACGGAGGCGAGGCCCCCUUCCAAGCCACUGAGGCCCAGGCUCUAGCAGACUGGACCAGGAACCAGACGAAGCAUAACAAUGCCAAGUUUGUCGGCUAUCUUGAUCUACAUUCCUACUCGCAACAAGUCCUUUUUCCUUACGCAUAUUCAUGCCACAAACACCCAAAUAAUCUCGAAAACUUGCAGGAACUGGCUGUCGGGAUCGCGAAGGCCAUCCGACUGUCCUCAGGCGAGAACUACGGCGUGACCUCUGCCUGCGAGGGCAUUGUCACGGCCACAGGAGAGAACGAGGCCUACGCGCGCGCCGAGCCAAGCGGUGGUUCCGCCAUUGACUGGUUCUAUCACGAGAUUAGGGCCAAGUACAGCUACCAGAUCAAGCUGCGGGACACGGGGAGCUACGGCUUCCUGCUGCCCAGCGAAGAGAUCGUUCCGACUGGGGAGGAGAUGUUUGACGCCGUGAAGUAUUUCGGCGACUUCUUGCUCGGUAACAACGGAAUCGAGAAGUCCAUGGGUGCGGAGGCUGAGGCACCCGUUCUCCAGCAGGAGCCUCUCGAUGAGCCCGAGGACGAGAGUUGGGUUGAGCUGAAGCGGCGGAGACGCAGGAGAUGA